CCGCGCAAGAUGAGCGUAGCAGUGGAGGAAGCCGUCUUGCCAUCCAUCUCCACUUUUGCCGGCUUGGUGCCGCUGGAACAGAGGCGGCCCGAGAUGAGGCUGGCUCCUCCUUCCUUGGAAAGCAGCGCCGCCGCCAUCAAGAGGGAAGCCGACGAGCUAGGUAACUUCGUCGACCUGGAGUUCAUCCUGGCGCACACCACCAACGGGCAGCCCAAUGGCGGGGUGGGGCCCGCGCACCCCGGCGGCAACCCUAACUACCCCCUGCCCGAAACCCCGGAGAGCUGCGGCACCACCUACGACAGCGAUAGUUCCAACUACCAGCCCCCUAACAAGUACGCGGCGUCCUACCUGCCCAGCCCCGGGCACAGCUACGUAGCCGAGCUCUUCACUCAGGACAUGCAGCAACCCCCUCAUUCGGUGGGCCCGAGCCACUGCGAGCUCCAGCGGCGGGAAUAUACCGAGCUGCGCGUCCCCGGCUUGGCCCACCCGCCCUCCGGCUUGCCCGCGGGGCUGCCCUUAGAGCACCUGCGCGUCAAGCAGGAGCCGAUGGACGGCCACUCCUGCAUGCUGAGCGGCCCGCCCGAGUGCCUGGCGUCCGGAGCCCUGGACCACAAGCCCCUUCUGAUGCAGCCUCUGCUCCAGCUGCCCCAGCACGCGUCUUCGGCCUUCCCCGGCGAGCACAUGGGCUCGGGCCCCCCGUGCCAGGUGGGCGGCGAUCUGGGCGCCCAGAUGGGGGCUCCCCAGCAUUACCCGCGGCCUCCCCACCUCUUCCAGCCCAACUUCGCCGGGCAGAUGCAGUCCCAGUUCCACGGACACUUCAGCGUCUUUCGAGAGCCUUUGAAACCGCGCGCCCAAGGCAUGCCCGGGCUGCUCGUCACGCCGCCCAACUCGCCCGUCUUGGAUUACUACGCCCCGAUGGGUCCCCCGGAGGAAUGCAAGCCGAAAAGGGGUCGGCGGUCCUGGGCCCGCAAACGCACCGCCACCCACAACUGUGAAUUUGCCGGCUGCGGGAAGACGUACACGAAGAGUUCGCACCUCAAGGCGCACAUGCGGACCCACACGGGUGAGAAGCCUUAUCACUGUACCUGGGAAGGCUGUGGCUGGAAAUUUGCACGGUCAGAUGAACUGACACGCCACUACCGCAAGCAUACAGGUGUCCGGCCUUUCCAAUGCCAGCUAUGUGACCGUGCGUUCUCUCGAUCAGAUCAUCUGGCCCUGCACAUGAAGAGGCAUGUGUGA